CCGGAAGUGAGAGUGUGUGGUGUGGAAAAUGUUUCUGCUCAUAAUACUGGCUGUUCUUGUGACUUCUGUUCUCGGCCACGUGUGGAUUAAGCGCGAUGUGUACAAGUUGUCGCUGCAAAUGCCCGGACCAUUUAUGCUGCCGCUCAUGGGCAGCAUUCACCUAUUGAUUGGCACGAGCUGCGAGGAGUUCAUGAGGAAUCUUCCUGUUGUUGCUGGCAAAUUUGCCAGUCCCUUCCGCUUCUGGGUGGGCACAAAGCCAUACGUUAUCGUUUCACAGCCCGAGGACAUGAGAACCGUACUAAAUGCUCCCGAGUGUCUCGAACGUGGCUCCGUGUAUCAAUUUAUUCCGCCAGUCCUUGGUGAUGGAGUUAUAACCAUGGCAGUGCACGAUUGGAAGCGACAUCGGAAAUUCAUGAAUUCCUCAUUCAGUGUCAGCAUUCUUCAGAGUUUCUGUCCCAUUUUCAACGACACCGCCAAGAAACUCGUGAAGCGCGUUCAAGAGUGCACGGAAGACAAUUCUAAAGCGGUGGAUUUUUAUAAAUUCAUGGAAUCUUUUACGCUGGACACAGUUUGUCAAACGACAAUGGGUUCAAAGAUGAACAUCCAGGAAGGUCAAAAUACAGAAUAUCUCGAAGGUGCCAAUAACUUGAUGAUUUGCAUGGCGAGGAGAUUACUUAAUCCCUUUUAUCACCUGGAUUUCUUCUACAAGCGCAGUCCGCUGUACAAAUUGCAGGAGAGUGGCAAGAAAGUGGUGCUGGGUUUUGUGAAGAAGGUGGUGGAGAGGAAGAAGGCGGACUAUUAUGCUGCCAGAGAGGAGCGCGAGAGAGGUGAUGAUGAUCGAUCACCGCAAGUCCAUAUCGAUCAACUGCUGCGCUUGGCGGAUUGCAGUGAGAAGUCAUUCACCGAGGAGGACGUCAUCACAGAAGCUGGAACACUCAUACUUACCGGAUUCGAGUCAACGGCUCUGAGUGUAUCGUAUUGUGUGCUCAUGAUUGCCAUGCACUCUCAGGUUCAGGCCAGACUGCACGAGGAGAUUGUCAGUGUUCUGGGAGGAAGGGCGCCUGAUAGUGUUAAGUAUGAGGAAGUCAAUGAAUUCCGGUACAUGGAGCAAGUUAUAAAGGAGACUCUGCGACUCUUCCCAGUUGUACCGCUCGUGGGGAGAUCCGUAACCGCGCCAUUCAAAUUAAAUGACUAUACAAUACCGCAGGGAGUGAACAUUGUCCUGGCAUUCAUGCUAAUGCACAGGAAUGAAUCCCUCUGGGGACCCGAUGCGCACACUUUCGACCCGGAGCAUUUUUCCGCGGAGCGCGUGGAGAAGAUGCACCCGUACGUCUUCCUCCCCUUCAGCGGCGGACCACGGAACUGCAUGGGGAUUAAAUAUGCGUUCUUGGUGAUGAAAAUCGUGCUGGUGCAUCUGCUGUCGCGCUUUGAAUUCAGCACGGACCUGAAAUUGGAGGACCUCACGCAUCGCUUCGAGGUGACACUGAAGCUGGUGAACAGGCAUAUGGUUCGCGUGAGGCCACGGACAGUUUAACAGACGGGGUUUGAUUCUCUCCCCGGGAAUGAAGUGGUUUCUGGGGUUUAUGCGGUGCCUCCGGGGCAAAUCACUGUUGUCCUUCCAUGCCAAAUGGCUCUGAUCGAUUGGCGCGCGCGGGGAAAUCGGGAGGCUCGACAAAUUGAUUUCUAUUGCUGCUAUCGUGAAUGCUUCAUGAAGAAUUUAUGGGGCAACAGAAAGGGAAAGCAUCGUGAGCCUAAAUAAAUAAAGCCACGAGAUAUUUUCCCUCAACAGUGGUAAUUCAAUGUUGGCCGUGUGAGUGAAAUGAGGCGAGAGACACACCAAAUUGAUAUUUUUGCCUUCAAUUGUGCUGACUCCUCCAAGUCAAUCCAUCUCCUCUGUAUAAACACCCAUUUUUUCAACCGCAACAUUCAUCACUCAUCUUAAUAAAGGCAUUUUUCAAUCUUGCUGAUCCA